UUUAAUUACAAGGCUAAUUAAUCUGUACCAUCUCUGAAGUAUCAUUCAGUUAUAAUUGCUUGAAUAUACACUUUCAUGCCCCGGCCAGAAACAAAGUCUUGCCAUUUUCUACAACAUGUGUGAUUGAUCGUACUACUUAGACAUGAACUCUGCACUCUUGGAGAAAACUGCUUGAAAGGAUCGCCGAUUCAGUUCAGAAUGAAUUUACAUCUGAAUUCUGCACAAAUUUUUUUUAGCCAAGUAGAUGUGCUUUACUUUUACUGUACAUCACAAAGGAAAACGAAAGGACUGAUGGUAUAGGCAUAUAGCAUCGCAUGCCAUGCCAUGCACUCGGAUGUUAAUGUCUUCUUGACUUCACCAGCAUGUUGCAAAGGGUGGUGUGUGUGCCACGUUUUCUGAAUAAUGCGUGCUGCUUAAUUAACUAUAGUUUUCUUUCUCUUGCAUGAAGUAAUCUAUUUAUGAAAGUAAAUGCCCCAUUAACAACGCAACUUAAUAAACCCAUAAAACCCCCUUGGGUUGUGGCCAUUAAGGGGCCAUAAGGUCGGUCUUUGUCAAGAUAUAAUGUGACACGCCAUGCCAAUGUCUCCUCUUCCGAGAGAUGCAGGUAGACAGGAACCAGCAUCCCUCCGGUCCCUCUUCCCCCCACCCCCAGCCCUAGCAGUAGCCAGCUUCUGAAACCCCUCCAUGGAUUUCGGUUGCUUCCAGCCCCACGCGGGGAGCUGCGAUGACACGCCGCUUGAUUUCCAUGUGCAGCAGAGUGCCCACUAUGAUCUCCACUCCCUUGAUCGUUCGUUCGAGCCUGUCGGCGGAUCAAUUGGCCCCUUUGCGGCCUUCUAUCCUGACUACUACCCACAAGUUGCGACGACCAAGGCUGUCAUCGGCGAUGCUUCAUCAAUCGUUCAUAGUUCUGGACCUCACCUGCCUCUGCUGACGCCAAAACUUGAGGUUUCACAACUCAUAGGAGGCGGCCUUGGAUCGUACAAGACCUAUGAGAUGAGCCGCCGGUUUUUCCCAAGAAAGAAGGCCUCCAGUAAGGCUCUCAAGAGGGCUAAUGUUGUCAAGGGGCAAUGGACACUGGAAGAAGACAGGAAAUUGGUGAAGUUAGUGGAGCAGUUUGGACUGAGGAAAUGGUCUCAGAUAGCGCAAAUGUUGCCUGGAAGAGUUGGAAAGCAAUGCAGAGAAAGAUGGCACAACCAUUUGAGACCUAACAUCAAGAAAGAUACUUGGAGUGAGGAGGAAGACAUGGUUCUAAUACAAACACACAAGGAGGUUGGCAACAAAUGGGCAGAGAUAGCUAAGCGCCUGCCUGGGAGAACUGAAAACUCCAUAAAAAAUCAUUGGAAUGCAACCAAGAGAAGGCAGUUUGCACGGAGGCGGACCCGCACAAGCGCCAAGAAUCCCAAAUCUGGGACCCUUCUGCAGAACUACAUCAAAAGCCUUGGAAUUGGCUCUAGCAAGGUCACUGCUGCUCCACUAGCCCCAAAAGAACGUCCACUGUCACCAUCUUCACCAGCAUCCCCAACACAAAAUCUGGCACAGGUGAGUGACAGUUGGUCAGAAUCCAACCCAUCCAACAUAAUGGUCAGCGAAGGACUAUUCAGCACAGAUGACAGACAGGCUGACUCUUGUGAAGAAAUUCUGGUCCCUACAUGCGAUGACUUUUCUAUUGACAUGUGUGAUGGUUUAUUUGACACAAAGGAGGAUGAGCAAUACCCGGUUUACAGCAUAGAUGAUGAUGUUGACAUGGACUAUAUCUUCAACCAUAUGGACUACACUAUUAAGAUUGACCAUGAGAUAGAUAUGGAGAUGGCAUGGUGUGAUGACGCACUCGCAAACAUUGAAUCUGGAUCAUCGCCAUUGGUGACAGUGGCAGGUCCAGCAGAAAUCAAGACUGUCCAGGUGAAGGAGGAGAUGAAUCUAGUUGAGCUGGUCACACGUACAGAGACUUGA